UCUCCUCUGAAAUCUACCUCGUCGAUCUGGAGGGCGCAAAAGUCUUUAUAAACGUCUCACCUAAUUAUUAAAUAAAUAAUAAAAAAGGUUGUUAGACUCGAAGCCUUCCCAUCAUUACUCUUCAUACUCUUCUUCCCUUCCCUUUCGUUCUUUCCUUGUUCGACCUGAAAUUCAUAAUAAUUGCAAAAGUCUACAAAACCCAGAAGCUUGUUUUAGCUUUCGCUUAAUUUUUCUGAAUCGCCAUGGCUGUUGCAUCUGAAGAAGCAACCAUAAUAUGCAAUCACUGUGACAGAGCUGUCCCCUCUCCAAAUAUUGAUUUGCACUCUGCUCAUUGCUUCCGCAAUCUAGAAAAAUGUAAAGUCUGUGGUGAUAUGGUUCCAAAAAAAUAUGCUAAGGAACAUUACUCGGACACCCAUGCUCCGGUAGCCUGUUCACUUUGUAGUGAGACAAUGGAACGUGAAAUAUUAGCUGUCCACAAAGGUGAAAAUUGCCCUCAAAGAAUUGUCACAUGUGAGUUCUGUGAGUUCCCAUUGCCUGCAAUUGAUCUAGCUGAGCAUCAGGAAGUAUGUGGGAAUCGGACGGAACUUUGUCAUCUUUGUAACAAAUACAUUAGACUGCGAGAAAGAUACAACCAUGAAAUUAGCUGCACUGGUGUCCCAGAUAAUAACGGGUCAUCUUCCAGGGAUGCUAGGGCUGCUGAAAGAGGGCCAGGUCCCCAAAGAAGACAGCCGAAUGAGUUUUCACGGAAACGGCUUAUAUUCACCAUUGCACUAACAGGCAUUGCUGUUCUAUUAGGAUCUCUAUUUUUUGGGAGAAAGACGGAAGACAAUCAAGUAGUGCAUUAGCAGCUGAGACAAUACUCAUUGGCUUAUGUAAAUCUUCUAUACGCUUCUGUUUAAUCUGUAUCCUAAAUCUUCUGAAAUUGUACGACUGCUGUAACUGUACUAAACUCCAUUGAAACUGUCAUAAUACAGUAACUGAUUAUGCAAA